GGGAGCCGCGGCGCUGGCCCCGGCCCUGGUCCUGCUGGUGCUGGCGGCCGCCGCCGGCCCCGCCGCCGCCUCCUGGGACCUGCGGGCGCUGCGCUGCGGCUUCUCGGACGACUGCGAGUGCGGCUUCGGGCCCGACCUGCGCGGAAAGCCUGAAGCACUGGAUCCAAGGGAACCUGACGCGCUGUGGACGCUCAGCCUUCCUCUUUGACGAGAUGGACAAGAUGCACCCAGGCUUAAUCGAUGUGAUCCUGCCCUUCCUGGGACCCUCGUGGGUUGUGUAUGGGACCAACUACCGCAAAGCCAUCUUCAUCUUCAUAAGCAACGCAGGAGGGGAGCAGAUCAAUGCAAUGACGCUGGACCUGUGGCGAGCCCGCAAGGACCGGGAGGAGAUCAGCCUGCAGGACCUGGAGCCGGCCAUCUCCAGAGCCGUGUUUGACAACCCUCACAGUGGAUUCUGGAAAUCUGGGAUCAUCAAUGAAAGUCUCAUUGAUUUUGUUGUGCCCUUCCUCCCACUGAAGCACCACCACGUGAAGCAGUGCGUGGUCAGUGAACUGGUGCAGCAAGGCCUCGAAGUGCGCCCGGGUGUUGUGCAGGAGGUGGCUGACAGCAUUCCCUACUUCCCAGAGGAGGAGAAAAUAUUCUCAUCGACAGGCUGCAAAACAGUGGCCUCUCGGAUCAGCUUCUUCUUGUGAUCUUUUUCUGGUGAUCUUCCUCAGAUCCAUAGGGAAUGGCUGUGGAGCUGCAAAGCAGCAGAGCCCGGGGCUGGUGGGAUGAGCAAUGGGAGCUCCAUGUUCCCUCCUGACAUUCUCCUCCCAAACUCAUCCCUCCAGCCCCUCAGGAUGCAGCUGUGGGACCAAGUGCAAGUGAUGUGAUUUAAAGCACUUUACUGGUGUACCCUUGCCCAGGUGAGGGUGGAUCCAUCACCCAAGACAUCUGUGACAACAAGGGGAUGAUGCUAAGAGGGUCUGCAGUGUCAGGGAGGUUUGUCCCCCUGCCAGCAGCACCCACUUGCAGCUCUCCCCUCUCCUGGCAGCUAUUGAUGCCCAGCACAGCAAGAUUCUGAGCCCAUGGAAGAGUAUCUCUUUCCUACAGCAUUUUAACAGGGUUUAAAACCCUCUUAAGGGUGGCUGUGCCUCAGCUCCUUGGUACAACGUGACAGAGCUGACUCCUGCAGCACUGCCUGUGAACACCUUCAGCAUUGCAGCAACGGUUUCUCGUCAAGGAAGCUUUAGAGCCAGCUUCUUUCCAGCUUUCUUUCACUGUGAAUGGUGCUGGUAGGGACCAGCUUCACCAUCAACAAGCAUGAGGGUGGAUGUGGGAGAUGGCAACACCCCCUUGUCCAUCUUUCCUCUAAGGUGCAACAGUUUUCCCUGCAGCAAAGCAGGACAACAACAACAAAGACUUCUCACUUGCUUUACCAGCUAUGGAAACUUCAGUCCUACCUCCAGGGAAGCCCAUGGUGCCAGUAAAGGCUUUGAAAAUCA